GCGGAAUUACUUUCAUUUCAGAAGAGCUUCUUGUACUUGGUCGCUGCGAUGUCCGGGCGCGGGAAGCAGGGCGGGAAGGCGCGCGCCAAGGCCAAGUCGCGCUCGUCGCGGGCCGGGCUGCAGUUCCCCGUGGGCCGCGUGCACCGGCUGCUGCGCAAGGGCAACUACGCGGAGCGGGUGGGCGCCGGCGCCCCGGUGUACCUGGCGGCCGUGCUGGAGUACCUGACGGCCGAGAUCCUGGAGCUGGCGGGCAACGCGGCCCGCGACAACAAGAAGACGCGCAUCAUCCCGCGCCACCUCCAGCUGGCCAUCCGCAACGACGAGGAGCUCAACAAGCUGCUGGGCAAGGUGACCAUCGCGCAGGGCGGGGUGCUGCCCAACAUCCAGGCCGUGCUGCUGCCCAAGAAGACCGACAGCCACAAGGCUAAAGCCAAGUGAACGCCGAACAAACAACGCCCGGGAACUUUUUCCCAGAGAGACCCAAAGGCUCUUUUCAGAGCCACCAACAAAUUCAGAAAAAGAGUUUGAAAGAUUCAUUAAAUAAAGGCUUUACAAAGCCGCGGCAUU